AUUGAUUGAUUGAAAAUUGGAAGGCCAAAAAAAAAUGCACAUACAGAGCAGAAAAGCACCAUUUGGCAUUCGGUUUAUGAAAGUCAAUGCCCUUUUUCUCUCUGUUUGUUAGCCAGGGAUUGGUAUGGGAAGAAGAUUGUAGAGAGAGAGAGAGAGAGAGAGAGAGAGAGAGAGAGAGAGAGAGAGAGGGUAUUGGGGGUUGCCAAAUCAACACACCUAUGUGUUUUGGAUUUACAGAAUCUGAGUAAAUGAGAGCAUUUCGUGAGGUGGUGGUAGUGGUGGGCUUUCUUUCCCAUUAAAUGUGCUGCCGCACUGACAGUUGACGUUUGGUGGGAUUUUUGAGCUGGAAGAAGUACCCACCUUUCCUUUCAAAUCGGGGGUUUCCCAUCUCUGUAAAAGUUCCUACCUUUCUGAAAAUUCAACCCAAAUCUCAAUAUAUCAAGAUUUGGGUUUUGUUAAUCUCCCCUAAAUCUCAAUUCCCAAAAGAGGAAUUAGGGAUUCAUGCAUUUUUCACUGUGGAAGUCCUUCUCCCACUGCGUUGCUCUGUUCCUGGACAAGAAGAGCAGCAGCAGAAGAAAGAAAGAUGGGUCGGAUACGAACUCCGACGCCAAGAAAAACUCGUCAAUUCUCCGGAAGCUUCAAGAAAACAAGCUCAGGGAGGCUCUGGAGCAAGCUUCGGAAGAUGGGUUUCUCUUCAAAUCUCAGGACAUGGAGUCUGAGGCCAUUGCCUACCAGGACGAGGGGAUUGGACGGUCCAGAUCGCUCGCUAGGCUCCAUGCCCAGCGGGAGUUUCUUUGUGCCACUGCUCUUGCUGCUGACCGGAUUUUCGAGUCCGAAAACGCCAUCCCUGAGCUCCAUGAAGCGUUCACAAAGUUCCUCACUAUGUACCCGGAUUACCAGUCUUCGGAGAAGAUUGAUCAGCUGAGGGUGGAGGAGUAUGCACAUUUGUCUCCAAAGGUAUGCCUUGAUUACUGCGGGUUUGGGCUUUUUUCGUACCUUCAGACACUGCACUAUUGGGAUUCUUCUACAUUUAGCUUGUCUGAGAUAACUGCAAAUUUGAAUAAUCAUGCACUUUAUGGUGGUGCUGAGAAAGGCACUGUGGAACAUGAUAUAAAAACUUGGAUUGUGGAUUAUUUGAACAUUCCUGAGAGUGAGUAUGGUCUUGUUUUUACUGUGAGUAGAGGUUCUGCAUUUAAAUUGUUGGCUGAAUCGUACCCUUUUCAUACGAACAAGAAAUUGUUGACGAUGUUCGAUUAUGAGAGCCAGUCUGUGAAUUGGAUGGCUCAGAGUGCUAGAGAGAAGGGUGCAAAGGUGCACAGUGCUUGGUUUAAAUGGCCAACCCUCAAACUCUGUUCCACUGAUUUGAGAAAGGAGAUUUCAAUUAAGAAGAGGAGGAAGAAGGAUUCCGCAGCUGGUCUUUUUGUGUUUCCGGUGCAGUCUAGAGUUACUGGGGCGAAGUAUUCUUACCAAUGGAUGGCACUGGCUCAGCAGAACAAUUGGCAUGUCUUACUUGAUGCAGGGUCUUUGGGUCCCAAAGACAUGGAUUCACUUGGACUGUCACUCUUCCGCCCUGAUUUUAUCAUCACAUCGUUUUACAAGUUAUUUGGGUUUGAUCCAACUGGAUUUGGCUGCCUUCUGAUUAAGAAAUCAGUAAUCGGAUGCCUUCAAAAUCAGUCAGGGUCAACUGGGUCUGGAAUGGUGAAGAUUACCCCUGAAUACCCUUUAUAUCUUAGUGAUUCGGUUGAUGGUAUGGACAAAAUGGCUGGAACUGAGGAUGAUGAAGUAACUGAAAAUGGUGAGAAAACCGCUGAAACUCGGCAGGGAAAGCAGAUGCCUGCAUUCUCUGGAGCAUACACAUCCUCUCAGGUCAGGGAUGUAUUUGAGACUGAGAUGGAUCACGAUAACAGCUCAGACAGGGAUGGGACGAGCACCUUAUUUGAAGAAGCUGAGAGUGUCUCAGCAGGGGAGCUUAUGAAGAGUCCAAUCUUCAGUGAAGACUAUUCAUCAGACAAUUCGUAUUGGAUUGGCUUGGGUCAGAGCCCAAUGGGUUCCGACCAUUCUAGUCAGAUUAACAAACAUAAGAUUGCCUCUCCUCAGCCUCCAUUUUGGUUUUCUGGCAGGAAGAAUUGUAAGCAAGUUUCCCCAAAACCUGCUUCUAGGCUGUAUGGCAGCCCCGUAUUUGAUGAUAAAAAGGCAAACUCAGGGCUACAUGAUGACUCUCAUGUGCUAUCAUUUGACGCCGCUGUCCUAUCAAUUUCUCAGGAGCUGGACUGUGUCAAGGAGGUCAAUGAAGAACAAUUUGCAGAAGCAUGUCCCACUUUACAAAAUGGUAGGGCUUCUUAUCAUCAUAAUGGAGAGAUCCAAGAAGAAUGUGGAACUAUCGAACCCUUGUCCAAUGGGUCAGUGUUUAAUUCUGGCACAAAUGGAUUUUGUCACGAAAAUUCAACUUCCACUUAUCAGCAUCAGAACCUAGAAAAUGGAUCAACCAUUGGAAGUUGCACAGAGAUUAGAGGUGGUGCCAUAAGAAGAGAAACUGAAGGUGAAUUUAGGUUGUUAGGGAGAAGGGAGGGGAGUAAAUAUGGAAAUGGUAGAUUUUUUGGUUUGGAAGAGAAUGAGCAACCAAGCCGGGGGAGAAGGGUGUCCUUUAGUGCGGAAAAAGACCACGUAAGCCAUAAUCUUGAGACAGGAGAAAUUUCUGCAACUAGUUUGGAGGAUGAAGAGUCCGCUAGUGAUGGAGCAUAUGGUGAUGGGCAAGACUUGGACAGAAGGGAACCUGAGAUAAUAUGCCGGCAUCUUGAUCAUGUUAAUACGUUAGGUCUCAAUAAAACCACCUCCCGGCUGCGAUUUUUGGUCAAUUGGCUUGUGACCUCUUUGCUACAACUAAGGUUGCGUGGAUCAGAUGAAGACAAAGGAACAAAUCUUGUUGACAUCUAUGGCCCAAAAAUAAAAUACGAAAGGGGAGCAGCUGUAGCUUUUAAUGUGAAAGACCAGAAUAGAGGGCUAAUCAAUCCAGAAGUUGUCCAGAAGCUGGCUGAAAAAGAAGGAAUCGCACUUGGCGUUGGUAUCCUCAGUCACAUACGAAUCAUGGAUAGUCCAAGACAGAAAAAUGGUGUUUUGAAUCUUCAAGAUGCUACCCUUUGCAGGCCAAUGGAGAACGGCAGAAAUGGUAAAAAAAGCGAGUUUGUACGCCUUGAGGUUGUGACAGCUUCUCUGGGAUUCCUUACCAACUUUGAAGAUGUUUACAAGUUAUGGGCUUUUAUAGCAAAUUUUCUUAAUCCAACCUUUAUCAGAGAGGGUGGGCUGUCAACUGUCUAUGAAGAAUCUGAGACGAAAUCUGUAACAUCUGUCCAUGAUAUUGUUCAAAGUUGAGAAACGAAAUGAUCAAUUUGAUGGUGAAAUUAUUUGUUACCACUGUCUGAGCAUCCGAGCUGAUGGUUUCCACGCCGAAGGGAUGGACCGGCCCUAGAUCCUGAUUUUUCUGUGAAGUUGCAUUCUUUUGUUCUUCAACAAAUUGCUCAUGGAUGCAGGUAGAUGAAUCUGUUAACCUUUGCAUUCUCGUUUUUCGCCUUUUAGGUUUUGUUGUAGAUUUAUGUUUCCUUUGUUUUCUAUUUUCUGCUAGAAAGAAAGGGUUGUUGUAGAGUUGGUUUAGAGAUGUGUAUGGUUUUAGGCAAAAUCAUACAAAUCUCUAAUCCAAAAGCAGAAUUAGAUUGGAAUUGUUCCCAUUACUCACACUCUGCUCUUGUACAAUUCAUGGUAUAAAAUAAUUGAUUACUUGUGAAAAAAGAUCCUUUGA